CUCCUCUGUGUGGGCCCUCGUGCUUGGGGCAGGAACACAGAUAAGCCAGGCACCAUCUCACGGUGCUUGGGGAGCACCUGUCGGGGAGACGCGAGGAGUCGUCGUCACGUUGGUCUUACUUGAUUUGGGCUUAAAGGAGGCAAAUCACUAGCUGGUAAAAGGCAUUGGAGGCGCAGAUGUAACAGACGUGCAAAGAUUGUGACCAUGGCUGCGGAGUCUGAUGUUCUACACUUCCAGUUUGAACAACAAGGAGAUGUGGUCUUGCAGAGAAUGAAUCUCUUGAGACAGCAAAAUUUAUUUUGUGAUGUAUCAAUUUAUAUUAAUGACACUGAGUUCCAAGGGCACAAGGUGAUUUUGGCUGCUUGCUCCACUUUCAUGAGAGAUCAGUUUUUACUCACACAGUCAAAACAUGUCAGAAUCACCAUCUUGCAGAGUGCAGAAGUUGGCAGAAAAUUGUUGCUGUCUUGCUAUACUGGAGCACUUGAAGUUAAAAGGAAAGAGCUUUUGAAAUAUUUGACUGCUGCCAGUUACCUUCAGAUGGUUCACAUUGUGGAAAAGUGCACAGAAGCUUUGUCAAAGUACCUGGAAAUUGAUCUUUCUAUGAAAAACAACAACCAGCACACUGACCUAUGUCAAUCCUCUGAUCUAGAUGUUAAGAAUGAAGAAGAAAAUUCUGAUAAAGACUGUGAGAUAAUUGAAAUUUCAGAAUAUAGUCCUGUAAACAUAGAUUUCCACGUUAAAGAAGAACAAAGUAAUGCUUUACAGUCUACAGUAGAGAACUUGGCAUCAGAGAGAAAGGAAAUGACGUCACCAGAGCUAUCUACAGUAGAUAUAGGUUUUAAAGACAAUGAAAUUUGUAUCCUACGUGUAGAGUCUAUCAGUACAGCUGGUGUAGAAAAUGGGCAGUUUUCACAGCCAUGUACCUCUUCAAAAGCAAGCAUGUAUUUCUCUGAAACACAGCAUUCAUUGAUCAAUUCUACAGUUGAGAGCAGAAUAGCAGAAGUUCCUGGGAGUCAAGGUCAGGGCUUAUUUUGUGAGAAUACUGAAGGAAGUCAUGGUACAGUGAAUGAGAUUCAGAAUCUGGAGGAGGGUUAUUCACUGAGGCACCAGUGCCCUAGGUGUCCUCGAGGCUUUCUUCAUGUUGAAAACUAUCUGCGCCACCUUAAGAUGCAUAAACUGUUCUUGUGUUUACAAUGUGGGAAAACAUUUACACAGAAGAAAAAUCUCAACCGACACAUUCGAGGGCACAUGGGCAUACGGCCCUUUCAGUGUACAGUGUGCUUGAAAACAUUUACUGCUAAAAGCACACUUCAGGACCACUUGAACAUACACAGUGGGGAUCGGCCAUACAAAUGCCACUGUUGUGAUAUGGAUUUCAAGCACAAAUCUGCUCUCAAAAAGCACUUAACCUCUGUCCAUGGCAGAAGCAGUGGGGAAAAACUACCUAGGCAUGAUCUCAAAAGACAAAAUCUCCUAUAAUUAGAAUCACAGACUUGCUUUAUAAACCUUAUAUCAUUCUACUAGGCAAAUGUUUCUGUAGAAAUGCAGCAUUUGUAAUAUUGCAUUCCAACCCCCCCCCCAUCUUUAGGUCUUAUUUUUGGUCUGCUUACACAUAUUUUUCUUUCUCAACUUCUGAAUGCUUCAAGGUUAUGGGAGGUAUGAUAAAGCUGAUGGGAUUCUGUCUUGUCUCGUACAUUACAUUUAAGUCUCAGUGGUAAACUUACAGAAACUGUUCCUUUCUUAAAUAUUCUUGAUUUUAGUGACAGGAUCCAGCAGUAUUUGCAGAUUCUGAUUUGGAAUCUCUAGAUAAUUGGUUUAAGUGUAAAAUUUAACUAUAUAAUAACUUCAAUGAAUUAGGAUAACAAGAAGAGAAAAUAAAUUUAAAAACUAUUAUCUGUUACUAGUCACUUUAGGAACAGAUGGGAAUAGCAAUUUAUCUUUUAAAUUUUUAACCAACUGCUCUUGGAUUCUAAAGUAAACACCAAGGUACCUGUUGUUUUAAACUAUAAAGCAACACAAUUCAGAUUCACUUGGGAGUAGGAGAAUUUCCUUGUAAUGGGUUAAUAUUCCUUAUAUCCCUGAGUUGUUAGUAUACAUAUUUUAGAAAUGAUUAAUUGGGCUCAAGUUUCUUGAGCUUAUUUAAUACAGUUGGUUUCAAUAAUUUUGUGACCAGUAAAAUUAUACCAUUGUCAUGAAGCUGUGAAAAUUACUUUUCUUAGAAAUUCCAACUUUACCAAAGAUAUUUGUCCUACUGUUUCCUUUUUAAAGUUCUUUAUUUUAUUCUAUUUUUUGGUUAACAUGUAGUAAGGUUGGCCUUUCUGGUGUAUAGUUCUAUGAAUUUUAACAGAUUAUAGAUUUGUGCACCAGCACUGCAAUCAGUAAAAAGAACAGUUCCAUCACCCCCCAAAACUCCCUCAUGCUGCCCCUUUGUAAUCAACCCUUCUAGCUCUAAACUCUGGCAAAAUUCAUCGCUACAAUUUUGCCUUUUCUGCAAUGUCACAUAAAUGGAAUCUUAUGCUUUUUUUGACCCAGUGUAAUAUCUGUUACGUUUCAUCCAUGUUGUGAGUAUCAAUAGUUCAUUCCCUUUUUAAAUUUUGAAUUGGCAAUGUAUAUUAGUUCUAGCAUCACUGGAUACCCGUGGGUAAGUAUUAGUGUUGUAAUAAAUUUUAUAAAUUUAUUAGUGUUGUUAUAAAUUUUAAAUUUACAUUAUUACAGUUUACUUCCACUAUAUUUUGACAGAAAUCUUAACCAUCCCUAGAGUUUUACUCUGUAUUUCCAGAAAAGUGCCAAAAGCAAAAUGAUGAUUGGAUAAUUAUUUUAGUGACAAUAAUAUUUCAGACUGUGUUCUGGGCCAUAGCUCUCUCAUAUCCCUGUCUACAUAUAAUAUACAACUUUUUUAUUGUUAUAACAAAGAUUAAAAUAUAUUGCAGGGCAAAUCUUUUUCUCUAAAACACAGGUACUACUUUUAAUAAAGAAACUAGACUGGAUGUUUCUUACUUUCAAGCUGUUCUGUUCCUCCUCUACUUACCUCACCUUUAUGUAGAAUUUCUACUGAAUUUAAUUUUUAUUGAAGCCCUUCCAUAUUUUAAAGUGAGAUAUACUUUGUACCAUUUAUAAAAGUUUUGUGAAAAAAUCACGUGUUGAUCUAAAUGUUAAAUAUCCUUUUGUGAUACUUUUUGUGGGAAAGAUAUUCUUCAUAGAAUUUUAACUCUGGGAGAGACUUCAAAAAGUCCAGGUCUCAUAUUUGAUGAGAAAAUUGACUUCCUAACCCAGGUCACUAGUUAGUGAUGUUGGGCAGGUCACCUCUCCCUGAACUUUACUUCAUAUGUAAAAUAAUAACUUUGAUGUUGAUAACUUGUAAGGUCAUUUCUAGGUCUAAAAUUCUAUGAUUUUAUAUUUAACUCUUCCUGAGAAGAGAGUAGAGGGGAAAACAAGAGAGGAGAGUUUUGUAUGUUCAUGAAUGUUGCCAUUUGAGUACUAGUAAAUUGCGUUUUUUUUCCACUAGAGAAUAUGAUAGCUUAGUGCUCAAUUUUCUUUCCCAUUUGACCUUAGAUUGGCCAUUUUUAGGCAUGAAAAUAUUUCCCUUUCUGAAAUAGUUUGUGAUUGAAAUACUUUUCUUAUUUUUGCUUCCUAGAAUGAAAUUUUGAAGAGGGAGGGAUGGGGAGGGGAGGAGAGAACAAAAGAAUAGGAAUAAACUGAUAUUUUAGGAAUUGGUAUCUAGUAUCUUGGAUGUUUGAAAAAGUCUUUGGUUGAAACUGUUUAAGUUUUAUGUGUGCCUUGUAAGAUUGUUGUAAAAUUUUUUGUGAGCACUUUGAGAUUUUUGCUUGGGGGAGGGGUGUUUUGUGAAAUUAAUGGUUGUUAUUUAUGUUAUUUGUUCCUGUUCACUAGCACAGAGUGGUCUCAAAACAUUCCUAGGAGAGUAUCUGUUUGCAUGAUGUGUCUAAAAAAUUUCUGGAAAAUGGAAUGUUUUUCAAAAUGCAGGUGUGGCAAAGGAAGGUGUAGAACCGAUUCACCUAAAACUUUCAAGUUGCUUAUGUUUCUGAUAUGAGAGAAUAAUGCAAAUAGUUUGACUUCAGCCUCUUCAUUUACUGCAUUUAUGUAUAAGAUCUUGAAAAGAUACUUGUUACUUUGCUGUAAGAGAAAACCCUUGCCCUUUUCCUUGGAUGUAACUAUCUUCUGUGUUUACAUAAAAAAUAAUAAACUGGAGGUGGGAAUGGAGA